GAAGGAGUCGCGGAAACACGGAGCCGCUCUCACGCUCAGAGUUUGGAAGAUAAUUCCCGAAUGUAUGUGGGGACCACGGGGCCCACAUAUUUUACAAAAAAGUCCACAGUCAACACUCUGACAUCAAACUUAACCACAGUUACUUUCCUAACUCCAACGCCAUUUCAGAUUCUUUUAAACACCCUCUGCUUCUGCUUCCGCUUCCCAACGCUCCACCACCUCGCCUCUUCUCAACCACAUUAUCGUUGCCUUUGCUUCCUUAUAAGAAUCGCGUGUGAUUUUAUUAACAAUCGGAGAAUGAGUUGCAACGGUUGCAGAGUGCUUCGAAAGGGAUGCAGUGAAGCUUGCGUUUUAAGGUCAAGUCUUCAUUGGAUCGACUCGCCGGAAGCCCAAGGCAACGCCACCUUAUUUCUUGCUAAAUUCUUCGGCCGCAGUGAUCUCUUGUCCUUCAUCUCCGCCGUUCCCCAUCAUCAGAGAUCCGCUCUGUUUCAGUCUCUGUUAUUCGAAGCUUGCGGCCGUACGGUCAACCCGGUGAGUGGGGCCGUUGGGCUGUUGUCGAGCGGGAAUUGGCAUGUCUGUCAGGCGGCGGUUGAGACGGUUCUUAGGGGCGGAGUUCCCCGGGAAAACCUCGGAAUCGAAUUUUCUGGGAAUCCCACGGCGGAGACAGAAUCCUCUCUCAGUUUGAAUACGGAUGUUUGGACCAGCACCACUCAGAACAUUCAACUUUACCCUUCUAGUCAGUUCGAUUCCCGGCGACUUUCCGAUCUCAGUCUUGCCACUGGCAAGGGAAAGACCCAUCCAUUGGAGAAUCGACGCUCUCUCGAUUCAGAGGAGUCGGUGAUGACUAGCUUUGGAAGCGCGGAUCAUAGAGACGGCGACCGGCGGAAAGAGAGGAAGCUUUUAAACUUAUUCAUCUGAAGAGAAAAAACAAAGCGAGGAAUUUUGUUUGAGAUUAGUGGGGGGACGAUGGCGGUGUAGAAGUGAGGACAGUGAAUAAUCCAAUGAGUUUUAAUAAUCAGUUCGUCGGAAUGGACCGUCGUAGUGAAUUUUGUUCCGGCGCCGAAAACACCGGUUAGUUUUUGGGACUAAUUUAUCCCUCUUUUUCUUAAUUUAGUGAAUAAUGGACAAAAUGAUAAUAUUUGGAACUGUGAAGGCAUUGGGAGUGUAAAUACAUACCCAAUAAAAACAAAAAGAUUGGAGUCGGUUCAU